AGCUUUGCAACUAGACGCUCCAGUAACUGUUAGUGUGGAUGCUGUCCCGAUUCCCGAGAAGUUGAUAACGUUCUGACUACAAAAUUGAAACCAAAGAAAGGAAACGUUCGCGGAAAAAGUUUUUUUGAAUUGCAUAUCCCUCGUUACCUGUACCUGAUAGGGGACAGAAGCAAUCACAAGAGGAGGUUGCUGGAGGGAAAACGCAUUCACCAUCCAAAAGGAUACAUUCUAAAGGAUACCGCUUUGUCUUUCUGAAAUGGAUAUAAUUUAGUGUUUUAAAAAAAAAAAUAAUUUAGAUUUGUAAUCUAUCUUUUUUACUCCACAAGGGAUUCGUUUGAAGAAGCGACCGUUAAUAGUUGGGAUAUUUGCUAACAGACGUGCGCUCAAAGAGGCAGAGAAGAAGCAGAUGAAUGUUUAGGAAGAAGCCAUCAGAAUGAAGACCGAGGCCAAGGGUUUGGGGCGGUCUAUGUCGAGGUCGCUGCAGGAUGAGGGCCGGUGGAGCCGAGGGGUCCUGCUGCUGGCCUACAUCGUCCUGGAGCUGAUCACCGUCCACUCCUCCACCGUCCUGGGGAACCUGGAGCUCCAGCUGGACGAGGAACAGCCAGCCGGGACCAUCGUAGGGGACAUCAGCGCUGGGUUACCGCCUGGCGUCACCGCAAGUCUUUACUUCAUAUCAGACCAUGAGGGCACCGGGGUGGGGAGUGACCUGGACAUAGAUGAGAGCACGGGCAUCAUCAAGACAGCCAAGGUGUUGGACCAUGAGCUGAGGGACCGGUACAACUUCAUUGCCGUGACUAUGACGGGCUUGACCAUUGAAGUGACAAUCACGGUGAAUGACAUCAAUGACCACGCUCCCACGUUCCCCCGGAGGAGAGCGGCGUUCAAGAUCCCGGAGAUGACGGCAGUGGGAACCAGGUUCCCCCUAGAGCCGGCGGUGGAUGGGGACAAGGGCCAACUGACUACCCAGGGAUACCUCAUCAAAGACGGGAACCCCGGCCAGGCUUUCCUCCUGGAGACCCGGAGAGGAUCAAACCAGGUUCUCUAUCUGGAUCUGGUGGUCAACACUCUUCUGGACAGUGAGACCAGACCGUCUUAUACUUUAUCCCUGGAGGCGUUCGAUGGAGGCUCCCCUAAGAGGACUGGUCAGAUGGUGCUAGAUGUGAUGGUUCAGGAUAUCAAUGACAACGUUCCAGUCUUCAACCAGAGUCGCUACCACGCCAUUAUCUCAGAGAAUCUACAGCCGGGUAGCAACAUUCUCCAAGUCUUUGCCUCUGACGCUGACCAGGGAGACAACGGCCUUGUUCUCUAUGAGAUCAACCGCAGGCAGAGCGACCCAGAGCACUACUUCAUAAUCGACUCGCGGAUGGGUGUCAUCACGCUCAACAAGCCGCUGGACUUUGAGAUGCGGAGGGUCCACGAGCUUGUGGUCCAGGCGAGGGAUAACGCCACGCAGCCCGAGGUUACCAAUGCCUUCGUCACAAUCCACGUCCGGGACUACAAUGACAACCAGCCCACCAUGACCAUCAUCUUCCUCAGCGAAGACGGCUCCCCACAGAUCUCCGAGGGCGCCCAGCCUGGCCAGUACGUUGCACGCAUCUCCGUCACCGACCCGGACUACGGAGAAUACGCCAAUGUCAACGUCUCCUUGGAAGGAGGGGACGGGAAGUUUGCCCUGACCACCAAGGACAACAUAAUCUACCUGAUGUGUGUGGACCAGAUCCUGGACCGAGAGGAGAGGGACACAUACGAACUCAGGGUGAUGGCUACAGACGCAGGCACCCCUCCUCUCAGGGCUGAGUCCUCCUUUACGAUACAAGUCACUGACGUUAAUGACAACCCUCCUCUGUUUGAUCAGCAGGAGUACAGGCAGGCAAUACCUGAGGUGGUGUUCCCAGGGAGCUUCGUGUUGCAGGUCACGGCGAGGGACAAUGACCAGGGGCCCAAUGGAGACAUCACAUACAGCCUCCUCCAGGAUGGCCAGGCCGGCCAGGAUGAGAACCAGGCCCAGUGGUUCACCAUCGACCCAGUAACAGGGAUAAUCACCACGCUCUCCCAGCUGGAUUACGAGUCGCAGCCCAGGCCAAGUGUGACUGUGGUGGCUACAGACGGAGGGAGGCCUUCCCUGUCCUCCACAGCUCUGGUCCAUGUGGUACUACAAGAUAUUAAUGACAACGAACCUGUGUUCGGUAGCAACUUCUACAACGUAUCCAUCAAGGAGAACACGGCUGCUGGGUCCUGCAUCCUACAGGUAGGACAUUGUCUAUUCUGUUUUUCUAGUCAACCUGUCGACAGAUGAAUCUCGCGUGCGAAAGUUAACU